GCAGCAUCCGCCGCAAUUGUCAGGGGUUUGGUAGCGUAGCGUGAAGUGGCUGGCUUGUGUUGAAGUAGACCCAGGUAGUCGUUAGGCCCAAAACGACAGGGUCCCUUGAGGGUGGCCCACGGGAGGAGAGGAGACCGCGUCCGAGCGAGACCGUGACUCGAAGUAGAGUGCUUGUGCGGGUCCUUGCUUUGGCCGCCCUUAUGGGAGCCGCCCUCUCCUUCCCAAUGGUCCCCGAAUACGGGGUUUCCUCUGCUUCGUCUCCUGUCUACGACGCCCCCCGACAUCCUGCUCCUGCUUACGACGCUCCUCGACGUCCUGCUGCUACGUACGACAUGCCCGCACACGAGAACCAGGCUCCACCAAAUUAUAACUACCAAUAUGCGGUGAGAGACGAGUACUCGGGGAACGAUUUCGGGCAACAGGAGGAGCGCGAUGGCUACAUGACCAAGGGCUCCUAUUCCGUACAGCUCCCCGAUGGCCGUGUGCAGAGGGUAACCUACUACGUGGACGACGACUCUGGAUUCAUGGCUGAAGUGACUUAUGAAGGCGAAGCUCAGUAUCCAGUUCAUCAGCCUGCCGCUUCGUAUCAGCCUGCUUCUGCUCAGAACUAUCAACCUGCACCGACUUAUCAAACUACUCCAGCCUAUCAACCCACACCUACCUAUCAACCUGCACCAGCUUACCAACCAGCUCCUUCUCAUCAACCUGCACCGACCUACCAGCCUGCACCUUCAACAUCCUAUGACCCAGUUGCUUCUUAUUGAUCUAACCUUUCCUGUGGUAGAUUCCGUGACGUUGAUGGCUUUACGAUGGUUUGAUUGUGAUUAUUUAUUCUGCGAGUGUGUCAAUAAAGGACUUAGC